UGCAGAAGAAUGCAGCAAAAGUUUGUUCGGAAAACUAAUCGGGAAUAAAAAGGCCCACCUGGCUGCGAUAAAACGGACGAUCGGCGUCAUCUGGCAAAUUAAAGGUGCGGUAACAGUGAAAGAGCUAAGCCCGAACUACUUUCAAUUCCUUUUCAGUGACAUUGAUGAUAAAUCCAAGGUGUCAAAAGGAGUUAGCUGGAACUUCGAAAAUCACCCCUUAAUUCUCAAAGAAUGGGUAGAAGACAUUUCAGCCGAGCACGAAAUCUUCACAGAACUCGAUUCUUGGAUUCAAGUCUGGAACAUACCAGUCAAUUGGAUAUCAACGGAUGUUGGCUUAAAAAUAGGGAAAGCUUUCUCUCAGGUAAAAAAUGUUAUAAUCCCUCAAGGGGGUCCCUUAGCUGGUAAAUGCAUCAGACUCCUAGUUACCAUUGACAUUAAGCAACCCCUAUUGAGAUGUGCCAAUAUCCAACUGGGAAACAAAAGAAUUCUUGUCGACUUCAAAUAUGAAAGACUCCCUACUGUCUACUACUACUGUGGCAUCAUUGGCCACACAGAUAAAGCUUCACAUGAUAAUCCACCCCCCUCAGCCCAUUCCUACUGGCAGGUUCCAUCAGAAACUGCUAAUAAUGGCCCCUCUCCUAGUCCUUCUCCUUUUAUUGAAGCCACAAAAUCAUCCCCCCUUGUAAUUACUAACAAAUCUCCUCAACCUGCCACCAAUGAGCCUUCUGCAACCCCUCAACCUCCUUCUCAUCAACCUUCAUCUUCCCAUCAAACCCCCAAAUUUCAAUCUCCUUCCAAGCCCAUAUCAGAUAACAACCCUAACACCACUACUAAGCUUGUUGAUAACAGUAUCCAACCUCCUUCCCUCCCUCUACUUACCUCUACCCCUCACCCAUCUAAUCAUCAAAAAUCUAACCAACAUAACAUUUCUCAACCCUCAAGCUUAACCCAGCCAGACAGCUCACCUAUGCAUCUGGAAAUAAUCUCCUCUUCAUCUCCCACCACCCCUGCUACUCCUGUUAUUUCACCUCCUCCUAAUCCUGAUUUCAUGCCAACCCCUAAAACCUCAACAAACCCAUUACCCAAAUCUCCUAAAACUUGGAAGAGGAUAUCUCCAACUUCAUCCAAGCAAACUGCUAAACCAAAU